AUAGGAACAAGGAGACUUAAACUUUGGGGAGAAGUUGCCUCUAUGAAGGCUGACAAGAUGGAAGUAGAUUAUUAUGAAAUCCUGGAAAUCAGUCGGGAAUCCAGUGAGACAGAUAUCAAAAAGGCCUACAGAAAAAUGGCCCUGAAAUGGCAUCCCGACAAAAACAUGGAGAAAAAAGACGAGGCCGAGAAAAAAUUCAAGGAGAUCUCAGAAGCGUACGAAGUUUUGUCCGACAAAAAGAAAAGACAAAUCUACGACAAAUAUGGAAAGGCAGGUUUGACUGGUAGUCAAGGCAACGGUUAUUCACAUUACGACGACGGUUACGGCUUUGACACGGGUUACCAUGGUUUCCACUUUAGAGAUCCGGAAGAAGUUUUCCGAGAAUUUUUCGGUGGCCGGGAUCCUUUCGCAGAAUUCUUUUCCGGCGGUCCAAGAAUGGGUGGAUUUUCAAAUGGAUUGUUUGCGGAUUCUUUUCCAGGAUUUCCCGGUCCAAGCCCCUUCUUCUCUUCAUCAUCAUCGUUCGGUGGGGACCCCUUUGCGGGCGGUUCAGGAAGGCGGCGUCAUGUACAUGGUCAAAGAAGGCGGGAGAGAGGGGCGGAGUCUGCUGGCAGAAGGCGGGAAAGACAGGGGCAUGCUCAUCCUAUGGGUUCUAUCGGGUUUAGCUCGUUUGGGUUUCCCGGCAUGUCAUUUGGGUUCCAUUCUAUAUUUGAUGACCCGUUCUUACACCGGUCACAAGGACUCCAUACAGGAUUCACAUCAUUUUCCAGUACAUCAUUUGGAGGAGGAGGUGGGGGCGGAGGUGGAGGGGGAGGGGCUAAUUUCAGAUCAACUUCCACCUCAACUAAGAUGGUCAAUGGAAAGAAAGUUGUAACAAAAAAAGUUGUAGAAAAUGGUGUAGAAACAGUAACGGUAGAGGAAGACGGUGUACUCAAGUCCCACGUGAUGAACGGUGAAAAUAUGAUGAUAAAAAACUGAUUGUUACCAUAGAAACAAGAAAUAGUGAACUAUAAAAAAAACUUGAUAUAACGAAUAUCAGUGGUGGAACAUAACUUAUGUCAAGUCUUGAAUGUACUUUUAAGAAAAUGAUAUUUGUACAAGUGGAUAAAAAAAACAACAACAGCAACAACAAAGAUCGAUGACCAACUGUCAAAUGUGUUUUCUUGAAAGGAAAUUUAUUUCUAUGUGAUUUGUCACGUUAAUCUUAACAUGGCCAUAUUAUAUAUAUUAACUUUUUAUGUUUUCUCUUUUUUGUUGCGUUUAUGGAUAUUUAAGCAUUUUCGUACUUGUCUUAAAAGUUAAGUGUUUUUUGAAUAUAUGCACAGAGCAAAAGCUUUAUCGACAGUUUUUUUAUAUUUCUUUUUUUAAAGUUAAAAAAAAAAUGGUUGCUAAGUGACUAUAACUUCAUUGCUGAAUCUGUGUUGCUAGGUAACUGAAAUUAAUUGUACUUAUACUCCAGGCCAAUAUUUGUACGCUUACUGCUCUAUGUACAACACAAACUUAAAAACAGAUAAAGGUAUUUGAAAAUAAAAAAAAACAUUUCAUUUUAGUUAUUCUCGUCAUUUUUAAAGCUUGUUUAGAAAAACACAGCUUGGACUUGAUUACUUAUGCCAAGAAAUAAUGGGGACUACAUAACUUUGCUUUUUUGAUUUCUGUGAUAUAAGCAUUAUGUAAGGGUGAAGAAAAUGAUUAACCUCAUGGUGACCUUUUGUCCCUGAAUUGUAUGUGUGUAUAAAUAUCGCAUUUUCAGUUGUCUCAAACAUAAAACAUGAAAUUGUUAUACCCUUUCCACGCUAAAAUUCAUAAAUGGACGUUGCCCAUCUUUCAAUCUGGACAAAACCAUUUAUCAUUUUUGGGUAAAAUUUUAUAUAGACUGAAAAGAGAACAGUGCAGACCAUGGUUUGAAAGCAUGGAUGUGCCGGCUGAUCUUGGUCUGCACUGGUUGUGCAGAUUCAGUUGUGGCCCUUAGGGUAAAGGUCAAGUCACUACAGGUGCCAAUACUGACUACCCCAUAACCACCUAUGUCGGCUAACACUAAUGAAUAUUUCAAAAAUUUCAAUAGUGGCAAGUGCUUUUUCUUAAAUUUAAUUGGAUAAAAUUUAUGAAACUUGUUUCAUUGUCUUUUUAUAGAUGAUAUUAAAUUUUGUGUUUAUUUUAACACUGCUUUAUGGUACGAAAGUAGUUCACAUGUGUCACAAGUUAAAUCUUGUAAUGUGGUGAGCUUGGUACAGGACUGGGUAGCUCAGUCGGUAUAGGAACAUUUUAGUAACUCUGAGGUUCAGGGUUUGAGUUUCUGUUCAGCUGAAUGUAUUUUAUCAACCUUGUGACACAUGUGAAUUUAAUUUUUUUUUUCAGGGAUAUUUGUGUCACCUUAAUACAUUGAGAAUGUAUGUGUUGACUAGGAAACUAAAACUUUUCAUAAGCAUUCAUCUUGGUAAAGGCUCUCCUCUUGAUGCAAUGAAGCAUCAAUGUGUCAUUUUAAAUUUAAAGAAUUUAAUUAUAUGACCGGAACACAUGGUUUUUGUUUUGUUAUUAUUUCUGUCUUUGUUAUGUGACGAAAAUUAUAUGAGGAAGUUAGUGAUAUAUACAUGAUUUCUGUUUGACUUAAUGCAUUCUACAUUUUCUUAAAGGAACUUAACUGAGGUCCAAAAUCUAAAAGAUUUAAAAAAAAAAAUCUCUUAUAUAGGUCUUAUACUGGACAUUUGACAGUCAUAUGACAUUGUGACAAUUUAACUUAAAACCUAGCUAAAAUUAUAGAAAUCUACAUGAAUAUUAUGUUCUAUACUUUUAAUUCCAAUUUUGGACUAUAGCCAGAUAUAUGUGGCUUUCAAUUCAUCCCAUCUUUUAGAAUAGGGCUUUUUUCAUUUCUUUAAUGUUAAAAAUCAUCUUCUUGUUUAACAAUGUUCAUGUUUUUGUUGCCUAUGAAAUCUCUUUUUUCAGUCUGACAUGUAAUAAAAGUUAUCUAAAUUGUUUUUUUUUUAAAUUUUAUUUCUAGUAUCUUGUCAAAACACUUUUUUCCCCUCUUUAUUUAAAAUAACCCUUCAAUGUUGUUUUUUUCAAAAACUAUGUUGUUUUGGUUUUAAUCUAAUAUGAUGUAUUCAAAGAGAAGUCCUACAUGUCUAAAUCUUAAACCAGUCUGGCUAUUUUAGCAUUGGAUUGGUUAAUUUUAAAUCAAAGUUUGAAUCCAACCAAUGAAAAUGCUGCAUUUGACUGGUUCAAAAUGUAUUGUUUUAAAUGUUAAAAAAAAUGUAUUGUGGUAUGUUUGAAUGAAAAGUUAUUUAUACUUUGAAUUAUAGACAUGGUGAUGUUAAAAAAAUGUGUAUGUGUGCGUGUGUGUGAUUUUUUUUUUUUUUUUUUUCAUUCUGAAAAGUUUUGAUAUUUUGAAUAAUUUUGAAUUGUUUAUGUUGAAAUGAACAUUUAAGAAAAAUAAAUGUAUGAAAAUGAUGACAGUGUGUUAAAGCACGUGACUAAUUGAUGCCAUGUGCAUGUGUAACUAUGUUAAUUGUUGUACAGAUGAUUUACAUAUUUGUUUGGCUUUUCUGUCUCUGGAUAAAAAAUUUGGACAUAUUUGAGGUUGUUCACUUUACGAUUAAGUAUGAUAGACAAGCUAAUAAAACUUUUUAUGCUUGCAGUAAUCAAGAAAUAAAUAACUAAUACUUCAUAUUAUAAGUUAAUACUUAUAUAACUCUAAGAAUUUCCUUAAUUCAUAACUUGAUUUAUGCUUCGUUUUGUAUGAAAAUAUUUAACUGCAUUCAUUAAAGAAAAUAUAUAGCAGAACUUCUGUAGCUCCUAGAGUAGUUUCCCCUGAUUGUCUUACCUUUAUACGGACGUCUGCAACAUUUUCAUGUCUUUUUGGUGUGAAUGGAAUACCUCAUUCUUCAGUUUGAGUUGUAUAAGAUUUUGUCCUGUAAUAGCUUGAAAUCAAAAUAUUCAUCUCAAAUUGUGAUAAGUUCCCUGUUGGAAGCCUUACUUAAUAUUUUGAUCCUUAAGUUGUGUAAACCUCUUCAAUGAAUCUUUAACCUUAUUACAAUUAUCUAGAAUAAUUAUACUCUGUAUGCCUAUUUAAUUUUUAUUUACAAUUAAUGUCGACCAUGGUUUUCCUAAUUACGUCCAAAUUAUACGCUACGUAUCAAACUUUGAGAUGUAUAUUUACAAAAUGUUUAAAACAACAGCUGAAAUCAUCAAAAAUAAUGUUGCUAUGUUUAUAUACAAUCUAGGCACCAGUGCUUGCUCCAAUAUAAAAUCCACGCAAGGCUAUAUCUGAAGUCUAGCUUUUAUAAUACACGAACACACUACCAAUUUAACUAUGACCUUCUAUAAAGUGACCUUCAAAGUUUAAGGUCAGACUGUGAUCAAAUUUCUUCAGCCUCAUUGCUGCAUGACCCAAAUAAGGUCAACUGAAAUAGUACUAGAGUCUAUAUAACUUAUACUUGUUAUUUAACGAUCUUUUAUAAAUUGACCCUAGUUUGCAGCUGUAUUUGAAGGUCAAAAAGGUCUGUUUAUAUGGGAGGUUAUAUAUCUAAAUGGGGAUAUAAUUUAUCAUAUAACAAAAGGUCCGUAAUGGACAAGCUUUUUGUUUUGUAUUUUGCGCUGACAUGUACUUAGUAUAUGUAUAUUUUUGUAAUGAAACUGAAAUAUUUUGACUUUUGUGUGAAAACACAACACAUGUUACUUAUAGUACUUUUAUUGUUCUUUUUUUCUCAUGGAAAAAAAAUAAAAAUAUGAUUGUGAAA